UGUUCGAAUUCUGAAUUAUGUUCUGGAUUUUCGCAUUGGUGUGUUCCUGCAUUAUCGCAAUUACGAUUACUGGACGCCAAAAAUACUGCAUAAAGUUUGUUGUGUAUGAGCCGCAUAAACAGUGUACUUACUAAACGUAUACUUAAGUACUUGUUUACGUUAUGGGUGAUCCUGUUACAAAAUCCUUCUCCGCCACCGUGGAUACGGAGACGAAAGGAACAUUGGCCAAUGUAGUUAUUAACUGGCGGGUGGAUAAAUUCAAGUUCCGCCAACACUUGACCACAGCAAUAUUUUCCGGUCCGGUGCGAGUGUUUAAUCUCGGACUGAAAAACAGCAGAGCGGAAUGGUGUCUGCAAAUGACACCGUUACACCGUGUGAAGAAUAAAUCCAGCGGCGGAAAAGACGAAGAUUUUGUUUCGUUGUUUGUCUGCUGCAAAAAACUGAAAGAGGGGGAAGAAAUUGCUGCGACUCAUACGCUACGCAUUGUUGACGACAAGGGCAACGUUCUGUAUGAACCGCCAGCCAGCAACAAACCCUUCGUGCACAGCAAUGCCGGUUUUCCUUCUUGGGGCAAAAUCGAGUUCAUCUCGCACCGGCAGCUUUUCGCUUCCGGUCAGCGCUACAUCCAGGACGAUGUACUACGCAUCCAGGCUGUGAUAGAAUUUUUAGUACAUACCCUCCAUGUGGAUCGCUUAAGCACACCGAUGGAAAUCGGUGCCAGUUAUUUGCUGGAUGAUCUCCGGAAGUUGUACACAUCGCAAGAGGGCUGUGAUAUGGUGCUGGUGUCGUCGGAUAACGGAUUAUUUCCUGUUCAUAAAGCCAUCCUCAUCGCUCGCUCUAAAGUAUUCGCCGCCAUGUUAAUACAUCCGACAACGGAAGCUGAAAAUGGUAUUUGUCGUAUUGAUGAUACGGAUGGAGAGACGAUAGCGGCAAUGCUGGAAUUCAUGUACACUGCAACAUGUGCUGACCUUUCCAUUAUGGCGGAAAAGCUUGUCGUCGCCGCGGAUAAAUAUGAUCUCGCGGAUCUCCGUGCCGUUUGUCAGGAAUGCUUGUGCUCUUCCCUGAACGUGGCCAGUGCCGCUCGCAUGCUGAUAUUAUCCAAUCAGCAUGAUUUGAAAAGGCUACGCGAAGCAUCUCUGCAGCUCAGUAUCCAUAAUAUGUCACAGUUUGCGGAAGCCGGUGGACUAGACGAGUUACGCCAGUAUAACACUGAAUUCUUCCUGGAUGUUUUAGCACAAUACGGACUGUUAGCUGGGACUAAAGAAAAUGUGGACAGUGAAUCUAAAAUACCGGGCGAUCUUCGUAUACAUGACGCCUCACAAUGAUAAAUCCACUUAGAAAGGACCUGCUUGCCAAUUUUUUUUUAUAAAACAUUUUUGUUACAUACCGAUAUAAGUGCGUUAAUUUGUCCUGGUCGACCUUCUUCGAUUAUGCAUUCACUUAGACAUAUUUUGUCAUAUCUAUAUUUCAUCUCAUAAGUAAUGCGCAGUACGAGUGCACUUAUGGAAUUGCCAGGUAUUACUUUAACGUAUCUUUAGUAUCAAACUAAGCACUGAUGCAACAAAUGCAAAAAACGACAACUGACAAAUAAAUAAAUCUA